GCCAGGGGCGUUGUGGGGCCAGGAACGGGACAGGACGGGGACAUUUCACAAUGGGGACACUUCAUAAGAGACACCGGGGUGGCACCGGCCCCGCAGCCGCCCCAGGGGACCUCGCUGAGGUGACAAGAUGAGCAAGGGCCAGCAGAGCCAGCAGCCGCUGUCGGAGCUGGAGAAGGCCAUGGACGCCAUCAUCGACGUCUUCCACCAGUACUCGCGCCGCGAGGGCGACCGGGACACCCUGACCAAGAAGGAGCUCAAGCUGCUGCUGGAGAAGCAGCUGGCCAACUACCUGAAGCACGUGAAGAGCCAGGCCACCAUCGACCAGAUCAUGAAGGACCUGGACGUCAACAAGGACGCCCAGAUCAGCUUUGGGGAGAUGAUGCUGCUGGUCACCCGUGUCACCUGUGCCACCCACGAGCACCUGCACGAGGUGGAGGACCACCAGCACCACCACCAGCACCAGCACCACCACUGAGGCAGCUCCUCCCAGCAAUCCUGGAGCUUGGAGAAGGUUCCGGAGCUGAAUCCAGCCUUAAAAUCCUCCCUCCCUCCUCCUCUUCCUCCUCCUCCUCCUCCUUCUCCUCUUCCUCCUCCUCCUCCUUCUUCUCCUCCUCCUCCUCCUCCUCCUCCUCCUCCUCCUCCUCUCCUCCUCCUCCUCCUCCUCCUCCUCCUCCUCCUCCUCCUCCUCUCCCUCCCAGCGCCGUGCCUUUGCUGCCAAAUAAAGAUUUCCAAAGCUCU